ACAGAGGGCUGGACUGACUGGAACACAACGGGAGUUUGUGCUCUGCUGAGUUUUGGCCGUGAGAGUGAGACAGUCAGUCUAGACGCUCUUGACAGCCUCGUCUGGAGGAGAGACACUUCCCUCUGCGGCUCUAUCCUCAUCACGACGGCACAUUACAAGCUUCUCCUAAGAUGAAACUCCAGCACUCCUGAAGAAGGAUGACACCCCUGUCACAUCGGAUAGGACGGUGCCUAUGGGCAUCUGUGUCACUCACAUGCCAAGCCUGAAAAGUGGAAAGAAAGACAGUGCUAGAAGACACGUCAAACACUUCCAAGCUUUAGAGUGAAACUUUGCACAGUUGGCCAUGGCUGCAUAUCCAUGGCUUGGAGGAUAGGAUCCCUUGUUUAGCAAGCAUUUUAACAACAGUGAGUUUUUAAGGGGUCAUUUAGCUAAUCCAGCACUUCCUUUGGCUCAGAGGGUUUAUAGAGUAAUUGCCACACAUGAGCUGAACCAGAGGAUCCAAAAUGGAGGUCACACACCAAUGCUCUUUCUACCAGACUGGUUAAAGCUGCAUUCAAAAGCAUUACUGCAAGGGCAGUAUGCAGGCAGCUGACUACCCAGCCACAAAUAAUAACACAGAGUGCAAGUUCCACUGCACCAAUGGCAGAUGUCUGAAACUUCUCUCGCUGAUUUGCAAUCAUCUGAAUGAAUGUGGAGACAACAGUGAUGAGGAGCACUGUCCUGCUGCUGUACCUCCACCUCCAGACACCAUCCAGUCUGAACUGGAGUUUGUUCAGAUAAUAAUCAUAAUUGUGGUGAUGACUGUAAUGGUAGUUGUAAUCAUCUGUUUGCUGAAUCACUAUCGGCUAUCGGCCUGGGCCUUCCUCACACGCCACAGCCAAGCCCGUCAACGAGAGGAGGGCAUGCAGCCGGACGCCUGUGCAUGGCCAACAGAUAGUUUGGUGACACAACAAGGAGCCACUGAGGUGAUGUAUGGGCCACGAAGCGGAGAGCGCUUCAACCCACCUUCAUUUAUGCAAAGGGAUCGAUUCAGCCGCUUCCAGCCCACCUACCCAUACCUGCAGCAGGACAUCCACUUGCCGCCCACCAUCUGCCUGUCAGACGGUGAGGAGCUGCCGCCCUACAAGGGCCCCUGUACCCUCCAGCUCAGAGACCCCGAGCAGCAGCUCGAGCUGAGCCGUGCGUCCGUGCGCGCCCCCCCGAACCGGACCAUUUUCGACAGCGACCUGAUAGACGUUUACGUGCACGGAGGCGGCCCGCGGCCCCCAAGCAGCAACUCUGGCAAGAGUGCCUCGAACUCGCACAUGGAGGGUCCGCCGCCCACCUAUAGUGAGGUGAUGGGUCAGACAUACCCAGGCUCCGCCUCCUUCCUGCACCAGCACAGCAAUAACACACCACCCUCCAACCAGAGGACAGCCAGCGGCUCCGCCCAGCCUGGCGCAAGCACAACCCUGUUCGUCAAGGAUAAGGAUAGCCGGCGUGACAAACCCAUGUGACUAGGACACACCUGCAGAGGGCAGUAGAGAGCGUGUGCCAUCACCUGUGCUCUCCGGUACUUCCUCCUGGACCUGAAGGGGAGUGGUUUUACUGUUAGUACACUCCCCUUGCACAAUUUAAAUCAAAAAUAUUGAGGAACCAAGCUUACAAAGUUUAUUUUUUGUAUUUUUUAUUUUUUUUGCUAGAACUUUGGGGCCUUGUAUGGAUGUUUGGGCUCCUCGGCUAAAUCUCUUUGUUCUUUUAUGCUUUCCUGUAUUUAAAGAACGCGUGUGUUGGCACAGAUUGUUUGCGUGAGAGACCACAUAGGUCAUAGGAUUGAGAAAUUUUCUAAUUGUUUGUGCAUUUCCAGGACUCGUGCACAAAAACUGUUCUCAACUAAUCAAAAUCCAAAUUGAGUGCCAUGAAGAAAUCUUAACUCUUGGGGAUGUGACUCACAACAACAACAACAACAACAACAAAAAGUCUUUAUGUUGCACUUAUUCUUUAGAAACGCCUACCCUUAGUUUCUUUUCAUAUGUCAAUCCACAUGGUUCCUGUUAUUUUUUUCCUUCAUUUUCACGGUUCUCGUUUUCCUGAAAUGGAGAUGUAGAACUCUGAUCCAGCCUAAGAUCUCCACACCUGAACUGCAUCAUGGCACUUAUUUAAAAAAGAGGGGGUUUAACAAGCCGUUCAGAUUCCAGAUCACUUUUUCCACCGGCCAAGUGAGAGAUACUGGCAUGGAUAUCUGCGGAUGGAAGUCACGACACACACGCCACUUUCAUCCUGUCGAGUAGCACUUUAAACUUACGUCACUUCAGCAUUGUCAUGGGGUCCAAGUGCAAGGGAAUCAUGGGAACUGUAGUCUUACGCACAUCCUGUCUCCUUCUGAAUGAGUGUGUCAUAUCUCAAUUUGUUUUCACACUAAAAAAAGCAUGCAUAUUGUUUUUUUCCCAUUUAUCAAUACUAUACUUAAGUUCACGAUCGUAUAUGGAUCUCAUAUUUUAUCUCUCCUGGAAUGCUGUUUUAUUCCGAGGCAACACACUUCUAUCUGUUAUUUGUCAUCAGUUUUAUCACAAACGAAUCGUGUACCAAUCAUAACGAGGUACUUCCCGUUUUUUUAUUUUUAUUUCUUCAUUUGAAGUCGUAUUCAAUCACAUGGCACACGUUUGUAAUGCUUUCAGACAUGCAGAUUGUGUUUUUCAUCACCCCUGAGCUUUAUAAAACAUCAGUCUUUGGCCUUCCCUAGAAAGUCCCAUAGAAAACCUAUUUAUUAACUAGCUAUUUAUUAAAGUUACCAGUUUGAGAGGACAUUUAGUCAAAAUGGGAGGGAACGCCACUCCCCCCCCACUAAAAUAGACUUUUAUAUGAUCUUUUUUCCCCUUAAAUAGCAAGACUCUCCUAUCGCCCAUCCGCUUUGGCUCUGAAACCUUGGCUUCCCGUCACUCAUUCUGACCACGCAGUUUGAGUUGUACUGUAUUGCUGCUGCUGCUAUGCGCUGCUACCGCUGCUGCUGUUGUCCAUUCGUUAUGUAGGCCUUCCCCAUUACUUUCUAUUUGCGUACCAACCGAGACAUAGAUAUUCAUGCUCUGUUUUGGUUGUCUUCGCUAACUUUAGCGCGUUUCCACUGGCAUAGUUGUGCUAGGAAAAGAACCCAAAUGUAUUUUUUUCCAUUUGCAGCCGAAAGGUUUGCAUGUUACUAUUUACAUGAGCAUAUCCGGUGCCUAACAGUCAUGUUUAAGCAGACAUAGAAACCCACUUGCACUCAAAAGUCCCCACCUUUGUUGUGCCUCACUUCCUAUGGUGCUUCUUUCAGUAGUCGGACUCUGUUUAUUUGUACGGUGCUGUAUAUAACUUGAAUAUAUUAUGCACAUAUCCUACCCAAUGGGUAGAAAACCACAAGAAAGCAUUGUUAAUACUGUAAUAUAAUGUAUAGAUAAUAUUAAAAAGAAAACUUUAACAUGGUGGCAUCAAGUUUUGUGAAUGCCUUCAAUUGUGCUUUGUCUUUUUUGUAUAACAGAGCAAAGAGAAAUGCUACAUUAUAGGGUCACAGAAAUACAAAAAGACUUAUAUAAAUAUAUUUUUUUCCUAUACAGUAAAUGCAAAUCUGUUGUGUGAUGAAACAAAUAUUCUGAUUCUAAGGCAGUUAGCCUAUAUAAAGGAUAACUAGCUGCUGCUUUUGUAACUUCCAGAGAGAAUUAUAAAUGCCAGCGCUUGUCAUUUUAUUUAUUGAUUUUGUGACUGCUAGCUGUUGUGUAAUAUCCACGCAGAAUAAUAAAGUCAUUGCAAGGAAACGGAACGGAUUGUCGAUUUCUGGGCUCCCACGCGGCCUUUAGUCACGUGGUUCAUAUCAAAUAGCUCAGGGUGAGGCUUUUUCGGUUAACAUUCUGUUGUUUUUAUGCGCAUAAUUGAGUUGUGUGGUAUUUAAAUAAGCAUCAAAUGAGGAGAAUCCAGCCCAUAGCUGAUCCUUACUGCAUGUUCACGUUGUCAUUUUCCUCUGCAUAGCAGUCUGGUUCCGAGGCUCCUCUCCAGAAACACCGAUCCGCGAGCGAGUGACUGGAAACUUGUGUUGGUGAAGCCCCUUUCACACUGCACGUCGGACCCGCAAUAUUCCCGUAACAUUGCCUGGUCGCCUUCUGUGUGAAAGCAACCACGUCCCGGAAUUGAUUACCGAAUCGAACCCGGGUCGGGGACAUAGUAACAUUGCGGUAAUCGAUCCGGAACGAGCGCUGUGUGAACAAAAGCCAGAUCGAAUUCGGUAUCGAAGUGAUGACGCGCGUUAUCGCGCGACUUUUUUACCGGCUGUUUUGAAGGAAGAUCAACAUUCGUGACGAAAACAUAUGUGCAAACUGUAAUGAAGCAGAGAUCAGUUAGUUCCUCACUUUCUGUGCUGACGCCGAGAUCGUUUGCUUGCUUCAGUUAAAGUAUAACGUGCCAAGCGUUGUCGACUCGUACAUUACACGUCACGUGCUGAUGUCACGUGUCGUUACGGGAUCUUCAAGGGUUGUGUGUGAAAGCACGCACAUAUACCGGGUCAUCACUGGCAGUGUGAAAGUGCCAAAUCUAGCGACCAGGGAACAAUUACAGGAACACUUUACCCCUGUAUUUGCCGGAAUGGCAGUGUGAAAGGGGCUUAAGAGACUUCAGCGUUCCGUUACAAGGAUCUGGAUUUUCCCGCCAAUCCACAGCAACGUUCUCCAUCGGCCUUGAGCGACAUCCCAUCCAAGGACUGUAUGACCUAUUGUGGACUACAAAGUUUUUUGUUGUUGUUGUUGUUGUUUUUUACAAGAAGUGAGCGAGGAACGCUGCUGUCAUUACGCCUUUUUAUUUUAUUUCUAUUGUUCUAUUUAAUUGUGACGUCAGCGGUUUUCAGUUUGAGGUCUGUUAAUUGCAAUACUUUUACAGGAAAAAAGGUGACUUAAAAACCAACUGAAAAAAAAUCAUAAAAAAUAAAUUCAAGGAAAAAAAAAAGACACUGUUGUAGUCCCUCAUGAAACGAUUCCACGCUUGUUCUUUCGCUGUCAUCAAAUGGCUAGAGAGAGCAAUUAAAGUUGAGGAAAACAA